CGUUAUUUUUUGGGAGUAUAAAAGCAAGUCAUCUUUCCACCGUCCACCCACCUCGCACAAACAAUGCGUUUCGCCUUCCUCACCGUUAUUAUUGCUCUGACAACAUUUAUAACCUUUCUUUGCACACUUGAUGACUCACCCUUUGGACCUCGUAACAUCAGCCGGAUGGUGCUCAAAUGUGCUAUCAUAAUGGAGAUUAGCCCCACAGAGGCCGUUAAAUUUGCACGUAGAAACACACUGGUGAAUUAUGUUUCCGCUUUCUCAUUGGAUUACCUUCGCAUAGCUAGACCACUCAAGCUCGAAGGGUUGAAUGGUGCAGGCCGCGACCUCGUAUUAGCACCUCAGCAGCAGAUGCGUGCUUCUGGUUUUCAGACUCCAGAGGUAAACGAGUUAAAGCGAAAUCUGAUCACUGACAUGAAAGUAGCUGUGGGACUACUUUACCGUGGGCCCCAAGUUCAAACAAAGUUGACGACGUAAUAGUUCUGGCAGUACUGGG